CGUCAAAUGCUGAACAAUUAUCCGGAUUCAAGAUCCACAUGGUGUCGUCAACAAACAAGUUUAAAAAACAUAAAUCUCAUCAUGUCGCUGAGAAUCCUCCUCCUGUUUUUCACUUCCUUUAUAGUCGGCGUUUAAAUUUAACCUAAACCUCCGUUCCUGUCAGCACAUCUCCACUAUGGCUGCCUCUUCUACAGCCACAAUUGGCUCCUACGAGCUGACGUCUCGCGCAGUCAACGAGCCCCCUUCCGUUGCGGCCCGUGAGGGAUCGGGUAUUUUUGACGAAACUCGGAGGCUUGGCUCUCGCUACGGUGAAGAUUACUCAGACGGUGGUCUUGAGAGUGUCGCGGCACAAAAUGCUUCCGCGGAGGUUGCUGAGAGCUGGAAAUAUCCCCGCCAGAAUGUUUUCAGGACCGGAGCGGCGUUCUGGAGUCUUUUGACCUCCGGGGCUAACGAUGCUGCAUACGGCGCCUUGAUCCCAUACCUAGAAGAAUAUUACAACCUGAGUUACAUCAUAGUAUCCCUUGUUUUCCUCUCACCCUUUGUUGGUUAUAUCUUAGCAGCAGUUUUGAACAAUACACUGCAUCGACGGAUUGGACAGCGAGGGAUCGGUAUUACUUGCGGAAUUUGCCAUAUUCUCGCCUACAUCAUUAUCGCCGUUCACCCUCCGUACCCUGUCUUGGUUCUUGCGUACUGUCUCGCUGGUUUCGGAAACGGGAUCAGUGAUGCUGCUUGGAAUGCCUGGAUUGGCAAUCUCGAAAAGGCCAAUGAGACUCUUGGCUUCCUUCAUGCCUUUUACGGCGUUGGAGGAGUCAUCAGUCCUCUUAUCGCAACUAACAUGAUCGCAAAGGCCAACUUGCCUUGGUAUACAUUCUACUAUGUUAUGAUCGGGUUGGCCACUAUCGAAUUUGUUACUUGCACCUGGGCAUUCUGGCCCAAUGGCCCAGAAGUCUAUCGCCAAACCAUGGAUGCCAGCAACGAGGACAACCAGGGCAUGAAGGAAGCCUUGUUCAAGCUUCCUUUCGCUCGUGUCACUUGGCUUUGUGCCGCAUUCCUCCUCUGCUACGUUGGUGUUGAGGUUUCUGUCGGUGGCUGGAUCGUCCAGUUCAUGAUCCGCGUGCGAAAGGCUGAGAACUACCCAGCUGGUAUGACCUCCAUGGGCUUCUGGUUGGGUCUCGCCGUUGGCCGUGCUAUUCUGGGGUUCGUGACUCCACUCCUUGGUGUCAAAGUUGCUGUGUCUCUGUAUCUGCCUGCCGCUAUGGCACUGCAGCUAAUCUUCUGGCUGGUUCCGAGCUUUUAUGUCUCGGCCGUAACAGUAGCACUCCAAGGAUUCUUUCUCGGUCCUUUAUUCCCGGCAGUUGUCGUUGCUACUACAAAAAUGUUGCCCAAGCACUUGCAUGUUAGUACUAUUGGUUUCGCAGCUGCUUUCGGUGGUAGUGGUGCCGCGAUUCUGCCUUUUGCCGUGGGUGCUAUUGCCCAAGCCAAGGGCGUCAAGACUCUCCAGCCGAUUAUCCUGGCUUUCUUGACUGCAUUGCUGGGUCUUUGGCUAUGUCUCCCAAGAAUUGGCAAGAAAAGGGAUUAAGGGUCAGAAACAAUCAAUCUUUGCACCACUUUCUUGUCAUAGUCAGGUCAAGCAUAGCUCAGGUCCCCAACAACUUAGAAUUAGCUCAACGAUAGAACGAGGCCUUAUAUAAAGUAAAUUGUUUCUCCACAGAGGAGCCAAAUGAUAUGAACUAUUGAAGAACCACGAUCCCCAGCC